AUGAGCUCCGCUCCGACGACCCGCCUUCUGGCGAGAUCCCUCUUCCAAAAUGUCGCUCGCCCAUCACCGAUAGCCCGAUGCUCUCCUGCCCUCCUCCGAUCCUUCUCCCAGACGCCGCGCGCCGAUGAGGCCAAGAAAGGAGGCCAGGAGCUGCUCGCUGCCAUGUAUGGUUCGCGCGCGCCGGCGACACUAGGGAGAUCUUCGGCCCCGAGCACGACCAGCACGUCCAGCACGCCCAGCACGCCUGACCCGUCCCAGAGUCUGCUGCUCGAUACCCUGAACAAGGCCUCUGGCAAUGCGUCCAACCCCCUCGGCUCAGGACUCGACGACCUCGUUCCUGAUCAGGAGGACCUCUUGGAGCCGUACCACAUGCACGUCUACUCCCACAAGCACAACACGCACGUCACUGUGACGAAACCCGACCGCGGCGCCAUCAUCUCUCUGUCGACCGGCAACAUCGGCUUCAAGAAGUCGAGGAGAAAGGGCUAUGAUGCCGCCUAUCAAUUGACGGCAUACGUCCUCGAGAAGCUGAACUACGCCGGAUGGCACAAGAAGGUCAACAAGCUUGAGCUCGUGCUGAGAGGGUUCGGCGUCGGACGCGAUGCGGCAGUCAAGGUCCUCAUGGCUCCCGAGGGCAAAUUCUGGAGAAACAAGAUCGUACGGGUGUCCGACUCUACGAGAUUGAAGUUUGGUGGAACGAGGAGCAAGAACCCUAGGCGUGUCUAG